UCUCUAACUAUUCAAUUAGUCUUCUUUUUAUUAUUAUUAUUAUUAUUAUUGUUUCUUGUUUCGUAUCCUUAUCGCCAAUUCUCUGUUUUUUUUAUUUUUAUUUUUUUGAAAAAAUUUCUGGGUAGGCGUCAUUUUUGUUCUCUCUUUUCAAUAAUUACUUCAAUCACUGUGUCUUCUAGGUGUUAGCUCUCUAUCUGUGAGGUAUUUCUGAUUUUCAAUCCGUUUCUUUAGGUGAUUGGCAACCUUAGUCGAAGAGAACUGUGUUUGUGUAUAAUGACUGAAUUCAACUUCUAAAUUGAUGGGUUAAUUUCUAGGUGAUUAAAAUAUUUCUAAGAUCUAAAAAACUUUUGAUUUGUAUUUGAGUGAGUGACCUAUGCUUCAGGGUUUCACCAUCAGCAAAAUACCUAUGGAUGUGAUCCUGGGUUUCUUCGAUCUGCUGAAGCAAACGUUUGCUGCUCAGUCCUAAGCUUAAGAGAGUCUUGAAUCAUGAAGUUGAGAAAAGGGAAUUCUGUGGAAAUCUUGAAAAGGGAACAUGAGCCUUGUGGCUCCUGGUUUCCUGGCAGUAUAAUAUCAGUGUUUGGGGAUUAUUAUAUUGUUAGGUACGAUUCACUUGCAGACAGUGAGGGAGAGCCUGUGAUGGAGAAGGUGCACAAAGAGGAUGUUAGGCCUCAGCCUCCUCUUAAAAGGGGAAAAAGAUGGAUGGUUGGUGAUGUAGCUGAUGUGUUUGAUAUUCAUUGUUGGAGAGUUGGGAAAAUUGCAAAGGCUUUGAAGAAGAACCUUUUUGUCAUAAAAUUGUUUGGAUCCAUCCAACUCAAAGAAUUUCAUGAAUCCAAUCUCAGGAUUCGGCAGGUCUGGCAUAACAAUAAUUGGUCAGUGAUUUGGAAGGUUCAAAAUAAAGAAUCUACUGAAAACUUCAUGCAUAGUAAGUCAAAACUUCCUGGUAGCUUGAAUUGCAGUUCUCCAUUAGCUGAAUUAAUAGGCAAGGGUUCAUGCUUAGCAAAGAGAAAUGAGCAGAGAGGCCUCAAGGAUAUGCACAAUAAUACCAAAAUGUGUCAUCCUGCAAGAAUGGUAAAAAGAAGCAACAUGAGUUGUCUUGACAGAUCUUCUAAGGACCUAUUUUCUUGCGUGGGAAGAGGCCGCAGACCUCUUACAAGAAAUCUUCAUUUGUUUAGGAGUGCAGGUGAUGUUUCUUCUCAACAAGUGAAAGAUGAGAAAUUCACCAAGAUUGAUGCUGAUCUAGCAAAAGCAACUAGUGACUGGAUAUAUAAUUCUUCAAGGCCUCUUUCAACUGAAGAUAGCGACCAAUGCUCUGUUGCUAGUUGUAGUUCAAAUGAUUUUGCUCUGUCUUCUAAUCAUAAUUACAAUAAAGCAUUUGAAAACACAUCUGAUAACUCGGAUGCCGAAUCAUCAUAUCCUUCAUCUUCUGCCGCAUAUUUGGAACAAAAGUUAGAGGCCGACAUACAUGAACUAGAGUUUCAAGCUUACAAAUCAACUGUGCAAGCAUUGUAUGCUUCAGGUCCUUUAAGCUGGGAGCAAGAGUCACUUUUAACAAAUCUUCGCCUAUCCCUUCACAUAUCAGACGAGGAACAUCUACUCCAGCUGAGACACAUGUUAUCUACUCAAGUUCUGUAAUAAUCUAUAAUGCUUUACCCUUCAGUUUUUUUUCCUCUGUUGCACCCAAUGGCAAACUUGGGAAGAGGUUCCAGCUUAUCCUCAAACAUUUAAUAGUUCUUUUUGCAGCUUUUUUGGCUUUUGAAAGUACAUGCCUGUAAAUUAUGUUAAGAGGAUUUUAGUUAAUUUUCUUAGAGCUCAGCUCCUGAAUUUCAA